AUGACUUUGCCAGAGGGCUCUCAAAAUUAUCUCGCAAGACUGGAUAAACAUAGGCGUUCGGAUCGUGUUACUUAUAUUUCGAGUAACUACGGACAGCCAAAGCAGGGGAAUCAGACGACUGAGUACGACGAAGAGGAGGAGAUUUCGCAUAUCCCGAUCAGUUAUGAGACCAAGCCAUCCACAUUCACGCGCCCGCACGCUGCUAACCAUAGCACGCGAGCGUCCGCCGAACCGGGCACCGGUCCUCCCCCGGCGGCCAAGAAACCAAGCCCGAAAAGAUACACGCAACGGAUCUCCAAAGCUGCGCGGAGACUGGUGCCCGACCACCGCCGGGCGCCUUCCGGCCCGGCAGCGAGCCCGACGGCCGGAACGCUUCCGCUGGCUUUCAGUAAACACAAGAAGCUCUUCCACGCGGCCCAAGCUGACACUCGCAAUAAGCCUGCAAACCCGUGCCCGGAUUACAAAUCUUCGCUGUAUCCGGGCGAUUCGAAUUAUCCAACUAAUUAUAGCUUCUAUCAUCGCAGAGUGAAUCCGCAAGUCCAUCCGAAAUAUUGA